UUGGAGUACACAGACUGCGUUCGUUCAGGGUUGUUAAUUUUGUUGUACAAAUACUUUGGUAGUUUCCACAGUGCAGAUAUUGGACCGAUUUCAGAAUAAUAUCUUUAUUAAAACCAGAUCGCUAUUUCGAGGAAUUGAGCUAAUUAUAAAGCAGAAUUGAACCGCGACGAUUUGCAUCACAGAUGUUGACAUCAUUUACUCAGGAAGACCUGGCACCAAUUGAAGUUAUCUAGUGAAGAUGAUGCGUUACUGGGGUGAGCUCCCGGUGGCCUCUGCCCCACCUGGCCGUAGCUCGUUCGAUCUCCUGCAACGUGAGUUUCGCCAGGUCGAGAUGCAAGACCCUCCUCUGCAUCAGCCGUCAGCACGGCGUCCUCGACCCACCACCAUGCUGGACGUUCCCUCUGAGCCAUGCAGCCUCACGAUCCACACGGUGCAGCUGUGCCAGCAUGCCCGCCGGCUCCGCAGCCUAAUCACGGCAGCACAGAUCGGCCAGCAGCCCACGGCCGCUGGGUCUGAUACUCUGGGUCUUAAAGCAGAAGAUACCGAUUCACUACCACCACGUCCGGUCACACCGGCAGUACCGGAUGAUCUUCUGCCUUUGGACAGCAAAUCUCCUCGGGAGCUGUUUCAGCUACGGCACAGCGAUCCAGAGAGCGACUUUUACAAGGGUGAAGGAGAGCCAGUGACAGAAUUGAACUGGCCCUCAUGCCGCCAGCUCCUAUACCAGUCAGUUGCCACAGUGUUGGCGCAUGCAGGUUUUGAGUCAGCGAUGGAGAGUGUGUUAGAGACCCUGACUGACCUGGUGCACGAGCAUUACCUGCGUCUGACUCGGCUGCUGCGUGUUGCCGUGGACCGCGAGGCCCGACUCGGCUCCACACCUUUUCCUGACGUCGUGGAGCAGGUCUUCCACGAGGUGGGCAUCGGCAGCGUGCUGGCCCUGCAGCGCUUCUGGCAGGUCCGGAUUAAAGAUUACCACAGCUACAUGCUUAAGGUCAGCAAAGACCUCUCAGACGAGUAUGAGAGAUUAGUAAACCCAGAGAAGGCUCUGGAGGAUUCCAAUCCGCUCAAAGUGAAAGAGGAACCUGCUAGUGAUCUUUCCUUCACACUGAACGAGGAGGCUGAGGGAGAGUUGUCUGCAGCAGAGCAAGCAAUGUCCACCGGAGUACUGGGAAUUGUGAAUGACAGACUUGCUGGAGGACUGGAGGAUGGACACUCUCCUCACACCUCUGCCACAACAGGAAAUGGCUCACCCUUGUGGCAGCUGCAGCAGGUAAAAAUGGAGCCGCAGGACAGUGAAGAGGGCCAGGUAUCAGGCCACGGCGUUCUCACAAGCGACGUCUUCGAGGAGGGCCCGAUGUCCACCAUGAGCGACGGCGGAACAGCUCCGUCUCCUGGUGGCUCAGACAACAGCUACGGGUCUCAUUCUCCCGACUCACUGAUCGGCACAUCCCCCUUCAAUCAGCGGCCGAAGAAACGGAUACGCAAAAUAUAACUACGUUUUCAAAGACUUGUUGCACGCUCUCGCCAACUUGUUGGUUUGCCUUUGUGCUAUUUUGUAUCAGGGCCAGUGAAAAUAAAAUCGGUUAUGUUAAGA